UCUGCACCACUCUCUGUGCCAAGUGCAGGAGUUAAUUACUCAGGCCUGCAGAUAACGUGGAAUUAAGCUGUUAUUGCACCAAAACAGGGCAGCCAUAAAGAACUGUAGAGAUACAACUUCAAAGAGGAGGCAUCUUAUCUCAACCACAAAGAUAUAUCGCACACCACUCUCAGAGACACUGCAAAAUGAGUAGAAACCCAGAUACGAUAUUGGGAUUGUAGCUAAACCCUCAGGCUUAUACCCUGAAUCUCAGCAUGGCAUCAUAGGAAUUGUAGUCUGCAGCUGGUGGAGUGCUGGAAGUUGCCUAUUCUUGCUAUUAGAAAAAGAAAUCUAAAUCAUUGACGUUUGGUAAAUUUGAAGUGCAUUAUCGUUUAGUAGAACAAUAUAAUGGAAAAGAUAAUCCUGCUAUUAAUUUUCUGCAUCUGCCCAUCAUCCAACUAUCUUCAUGGUCAUGUGCUAAGUCAAUCAGAUGCAAAUCACCCAGUCCAUAUUGUCGGACACCUACCCAUUGGACAUAGAGUGGAUGCAUUUCUCCCCAGGGAUAAAGCAGCCAGGUAUUACAUUGCUUUGAAUGAAAGUCGUAGUGCUGUGACCAUUAAAGUGAUCCCCUGUGAGUCACCAUUAUAUUGGGCUUUGUACGUUCUAGACAAAAAUGACGACUUAUCUCCAUUAGAAGAUGGUUUUAAAGAUCUUGGUGGAUAUCAUGCUGAACAACAACAGCAUCGACAUGUUGGCCCUAGGAGAUUGUUUUCCUUUCAGGGAAAUGGGGAGGAAUCUUUUCCUACAAUCAUGACCGUAGAGGGAUUUUACUUUAUUGAUUUUGUUUCACUAGAAUCUGAUACAAACUUCCAGGUAUUUGUCUGGGAUAAUAGAAACCAGGCUAACCCAUGGCCACAGCUCCCAUCAGAUCCACGUGUCGAUAUUGGUUUUGUGGAGGACAACAAGGUUCAGCUUUCUUGGAAACCUAGUCUAGGACCUUCUGACACUGGGACCUUUGAAUAUUGUGUGUUUGUAAAUAAGCACUAUAACUUCAAAACUCUGUGUGCCACAGAAUUUAACUUGAAGAGACAGUUGGACUGGAAUGAACAAGAUGACCAGCUAAGUAAUUUUGUAAAUAUAGCCAAGAAAACAUCCAGAAACCAUGCUCAUACUUCCCACAAAAUCAAGAAGAAUAUGAAAGGUUCAUCUGAAUGGAAUGUCAAUAAUGAUCUUUGGUCCUCCAAAGUUUUAUUGGGAGGACAGAAAGUGUGCGUUGGGAGCGGGACAAAUGCCACCAUUUCUGGAUUGAAACCACGGACUCUUUACUACUUGGAUGUGUUUGCAGUAAAUCCAAAGUAUGGUACAAGUGUUGCUUAUACUGGAACUUUUACAGAGACUAAACCCAAACACAAAUCACACAUUCCAAAAGUCCCUAGUGAUGAGAUAAUGAACAUUUUUCUCAAAAGUCGUGGUGUUAAGAUAUUGAAUUUGGACCCUCCAGCACAUGGCUACAAAUGGCUCUAUGUUCAUUCUUGUCUCCAUAAGGUCCACCUGCAGAUCACUUCCAAUAGAAAUACUUUGGUAUCCCAAAGUCUCCAGGGGGCUCAUAAUUUCAAGCUCAGUGUCAAUUCAAACAAGUACACCAUCACCUUAAAAUCCAGUAGAGGUGGACCAGGCUUGGUAAAGCUUUUUACAACUAGUACACCCAAUCGCUUGCCUUUCCCAAACUUGCCACCUGACAUCAACCUUUCUGUCUCUAACAGAUCCUGCUCAUCAGCCACAGUAACAUGGGCUGGGACUGGGUCAGGGACCAAGGUCUGUAUCUUUGUCAGGCAUCUAGAGCAGAAUUUAGAUCUGAAGCUUAUUCACAAACACCAAAAUAGCUGUCUUAGCACCAGUGCUCGGUCUAGAGCUGAAAAAGUGUUCUGUAGACAGGGGGGCCCUGAGACCCUGACAGAAGAACACAUUACCGAUCUUAAGCCAGGAAAAGCCUAUCUCAUAGAUUUAUACUUCCUAGGUCAAUAUAACAGCACCAUCAAAUUCCCUAGUCAUGUUGUGAGAACUCAGGAGCACUGCACCUAAAAAUGUCUGAACAACACGAACACUAUACUCUAAAACACAUUGUAUGCAAAACAAAAGAAUAAAAAAAUGCAUUCAUGAUAUUAUUCAAAUAUAACGUGUCAAGGAGGAGAAGAACACUCAGUAAUUAUAGGAGGUGAACGCAUGCUUUAACAUUUUAAUCAAAGGAACUGACACCAUGUACUGAAUACUGUAAGGUAGAACCCAAGGCAAUAAAAGAGAAUUGGAGGUGGUGCAAUGAAUGGUAUUAUCACAGUUUUCAUAAAUGUUGUGAGUGAGGUGAGUUCUAAUGAUUUAUUACUUUACUUGUGUUUUAUAUAUAAUAUAUGUUAAAUAAUUAUGUUAAAAUGCUUAUCUUUUUUUUGGCAAUUUUAUAUAAUUGCCUUGCAUGAAAGAUCAUGCCUGUUAAUUAACCAGCAGAUAUGCAUAUGCCCAGGACUGGAAUUUCAGGUGUGUCCUAAUAUAUUUGGCAACUUCUAAAAGGAA